UAUUUUGGAUCUGGGGGGAGAGAGAGAUAAAGGACUGAGAAUUCAAAGAGACCAAAUAGAAAAACCAAAGAAAACGCAAAAGACUUCAAAAGACCCAUUUUGAAGAAAAACCCCAAGAACAUAGAGAGAGAAAAUCUACCGAAAUCGAAGGAGAAGGGAAGAAAAGCGAAGCGAGGAGAGAGAAAAUAAAAAUGGCGUCUUCAACUGUACAACCCACAGUACCUCUCUCAACUGCUACUCCAUUAACAACAACAACAAAUCAAAAUCAAAUUCCAGAAGUACCAAAUCUCCCGCCACAACCUUAUUCUUCUUCAAUUUCAAAUAACAACAAUCCGAAGAAGAGACCUCUUGACCAUGUUUACCUUCUUCAGAGCUCUCCUUACUUUAAGAUUCGUUCCUUUCUCAAAGACCUUCGUCCCCUUUUUAUUCAGGUUCUCCGUACCCCUGAAUUUCAGAAUUGUGAAGCUGCUCGCAAGAUCCAAGAAAAAACGAAGCUUAUGAUGGAAUUGUGUGGGCAAAAGACAGCAGAGAAUAAUGUACCACUAGUAAAGUGCAACAGCGUAGCAGGAAAUCCAGAUUUAACUACUAGCGAGAAACAGGGCGGGUAUGGGCAGAAACCUGCAGAUCAGGCAUCUCAAGAAAAGCGUUUCCCAAUUGGAAAUAAUCUUGAAAAGCCGACACAUGGGAGUCAUCGAAUCCCAGGAACAUACAUUGUUGGUGGUUCAGCAUUUGGGUGGAAUUUCGUCACAUUCCAUGGAACCAAACCAGAGUAUUAUGGCAGAACCAAGGACUCAUUCCGGGCAGGUAAAUGAGUUUCUUGCUCAACUGUUUGCAAAAUGUAUGGUCUUUUAUAUGAUGAUCUAGUACACUAUUGAUCUAGCCAGCAUCGGUACUCGACUUUGCUUCUAUUUUCCUUUUCAACAGCUAAUUUUAGUUCUUCCAUCAUAUUUUUUGGCCCGGGGGCGGAUUUUUGAAGGCUAGCUCCCCCUUUUUUUUUAUCUCCCACUAGCUCCCAUUGGCUAUUGCUACUACCUUCAUCUCUUGUAUAUUGGGCUGUCAAUUUGUGGAGUUAAUGUGUGACUUUCUACCGCAAAUCAUUUUGCAAUUUACUCGUCGUAGGACUUAAAUUUGGCUACUUCUGUAUCAGAAUAAUCCGGUUUUUGUUAAUUAGUUUGGUGAGAUUGAUUGCAAUUUAGCUUAAA